AUGCCGUCUUUCAAUGAGGAGCAUGCUAACUCGGAUUCCGAAGUAGCAGGUUUGACCCUCCAUUCGUUGCAAAAAACGACCCAUGCAACUGGAGUUACCCCUGCCUCCCCACCAGAUGGACCGACGUUGAAACAAUACCGAGCCCCCAUCGCGAAAGCCACUGCGCGCCCGCCUAUCAAUCCUACCUCAAUGCCUUCUCCUGCGGCUACCAAUUUUGCUCCCUCGAGUAACAAGCUCGAGGCCACGCGGCUAGAUGAGAGCACGCAAUCGCUUAAAUCUGACGAUGAUCCCCAACUAGGCCUGUUCAACCAAGUAUACGACUGGUUGCAGCAUGAAAAGACUCGCAGAAUGACUCGUAAGGCGCGCCAUGCCGAGGCGAACGCUGCCAAUUCCAUCGCUGUCGCUGAGCGAGAGCCACACCCGCCAGCUCAAGAUCACCCCUCCGAGAGUACAUUCUCGCUUGAUAAGUUGGAGCAUAUCUUGUUGCAGUUUGCUGGCCCCCGAAACCUACAUGGUCUAGCUUCCCACCGGCUCCCCAGGCUCCCGACGCGCCGUCGUCACAAAGGCUUACGUCGGGGAUCUGCCUCCGAAUCAGACUACACUGAUGUUGAGGCACCAGUGCCAAAUGUCGAGGCGGUCCUCGAUAAUACGAAGACACUAGCCUAUAGCUCUAGUAUCGCUGCGGAUAAUGACACUACGAGUGAAAAUUCUUCCAAGCGCUCCAAAGAUCUGGAAGCUUGGGCGGUUUUCAAAGGGGAGAUCGUGCGCAUUGUGCAUACACUUCAGCUUCGGGGUUGGCGCAAAAUGCCGAUGGAAAAGUCCCAUGAGAUCGAAGUCGUUCGACUCAGUGGUGCGAUGACCAAUGCCAUCUAUGUAGUCACGCCCCCCAAGCAUUUUUACAAUCUCAAUCCAAAGGCUGAGAAUGGAUCGACCGCAUUGGUUGCAAGAAAGCCUCCGCCUAAACUUCUUUUGCGAAUCUAUGGCCCCCAGGUGGAUCAUUUGAUUGACCGAGAGAACGAAUUGUCGAUUCUUCGUCGAUUGGGUCGUAAGAACAUUGGACCUCGUGUGCUCGGAACAUUUUUGAAUGGACGAUUCGAAGAAUACUUUGAAGCGCGCCCUCUCACCUUCAAAGAGUUGCGAAUUCCAGAGACGGCGAAGCAGAUUGCCAAGCGAAUGAGAGAGCUGCAUGACGGUAUCGAAUUGCUCGAAGAAGAACGAGAAGGGGGCCCCAUGAUCUUCAAGAAUUGGGAUAAGUGGGUUGACCGCUGUGAGCAAGCGACCACUUGGCUCGAUAAAGAGCUUGAGUCUCCACAAAAUGAACUCAAGAGUGCUACUGAGCCAUGGCGUCGCCGCGGCUAUGUUUGCGGGGUGCCAUGGGCAGCAUUUCGAAAGGCCGUGGAUCACUAUCGGACAUGGCUUAUCGCCAGCUGCGGUGGAAUCGAGCAGAUAAAGCGAGAGCUUGUGUUUGCUCACAAUGAUACUCAAUACGGCAACCUCCUUCGCAUGGAGCCAGCCACUCAGUCGCCGCUUCUUCUCCCUGCAAAUGAACAUAAGCAGCUUGUGGUUAUUGACUUCGAGUAUUCGUCGGCAAACGUUGCGGGACAUGAAUUUGCUAACCAUUUCACUGAAUGGUGUUAUAACUACCAUGACGAAGAACGACCUUGGGCAUGCAACAACCGCUUCUAUCCUACCCCAGAAGAUCAGCGUCGAUUUGUGAUGACUUACCUUACCCAUCGACCAGCUGUGACCGGCGGUGUCGUUUCCCCAUUGUCUACUCCAGCUAUGCGGGGCGGUACUGGUAGUGCCAUCACGCCGUUAACUCUGGAUGACUGCACCGACGCUUCUAACCAGCAGACUGAGAAGUCUAUUGAAGAUGAAUUGGAAGCUGAGGUAGCACGUCUCCUGCACCAGACUCGACUGUGGCGUGUUUUGAACUCGGCACAAUGGGUGGCCUGGGGUAUUGUGCAAGCCAAGGUACCUGGCAUGGAAGAAGGAAUUGCUGAGACGACCGCCACUUCUGGCGAUGCAUCUCCCGAGAAUGGCCACGAUGAGACCCCCACAUCCAAAUCGCCCACUCCUGCUGAUAGCGAAGCUGAUGAGGAAGAGGAAUUUGACUACCUGGCAUAUGCCCAGGAUAGAGCUUUGUUUUUCUGGUCUGACCUGCUUGCCCUGAACUUGAUUAACCCAGAUGAUUUGCCUCCACCAAUGGUUGAACAUAUUCAGAAACGAGUUGUCGAUUACUGA